ACAUAACAACAACUAAAACAACAUCAGAAAUUUACAUUGCUCUUAUAGCAAAUGUGUGGCAUAAAAGCAGCCGGCAGUAAAUAACAACAAACAGCAAACAGUAAAGUGAGUGGAAAAUAAAACGUUGUGCUGCUGUCGAAGGGGCAGAAUUGUGUGAAAAUAAAAAUAAUGAAUAUAAAAAAAUAAAAAUACGCUCUAUAAGCGCAAGAAGUGUGUGAAAAAUUCCAACCUUUAUUUUUCUUCUAAAAAUAUGUAGAAAUCAGCUUUUUAUCGUUGCACAUACACUUUAAAGUGUAUGCAUGUGUAUUUGUACGUGAGAGGUUGUGAUAAUUCUUCGGAGUUUUAAGAAGGUCGGAGCUAUAAAAUGAACGUAAAAAAGCGCAAACUUAAAGUUUUUAGCAAGACUGUAUUGAGUUUCUUAAUUAAGCAAGACGUCAACUGUAGUUGCAAUGCCGACGUAGUUCAAUUUCAGAAAUGAAUAUUAACUUAAUUACCUAAUUAAAAAUUUCGCAACAGAAUGUGAGUGAAAAAAUUUAAAAUCAAAAUGCAUUCGACAAAUAUCAAUCACUUCCAGUACAUAUCAAAUCAACAUAAUCCACCAACCCGAAAGCUAACAUAACCAAAGUUGAAAAAAACAACCGAAAUCCACAAUAAUUACAUUCAAGCAUAUCACAAAUCAUAUGCACAACUGAGAAGCAGAAAACAUCAGUGCACCAAAAUCAGACGUCAAUAAGAAGAAGCAACAACAUACAUAAUUACGCGGUCACAAUUUAGUUGGCUAAUAUUUCUUAAUCGCAAAACAACGGAAACGCAGCUGCUAAAAUGUUCAUAAUUACGGUCAUUAAGUUGCUGCUAAUUGCGCUGAACCUCUUUCCCAGCCGCUGGACAAAUCGGAAAGUGAUGUUCCUCAUCUAUUUAACGAAUUUGGUGACACAUGUGAUGAUGGAUGAACCACGUUUUGCGCAACCCAUACCAAAUGUAACAGUCGCCGUAGGGCGAGAUGCCAACUUGCCCUGUGUCGUAGAGCAUCUUGGUGGUUAUAAGGUCGCCUGGAUCCACAUCGAUCGUCAAAUGAUACUCACCAUACAUAGGCAUGUCAUCUCGCGAAUACCACGCUACAGCAUUACCUAUGAUAAUGCCAACACAUGGUUAUUACACGUAAAUCAAGCGCAUCAAGAUGAUCGCGGUUAUUAUAUGUGCCAAGUAAAUACGAAUCCAAUGAUAAGCCAAGUGGGCUACCUACAGGUUGUAGUGCCUCCAAAUAUAUUAGACAUCGAAAGCACACCCUCAUCAGUGGCUGUGCGUGAGAAUCAAAAUAUCAAUAUGACUUGCCGUGCUGACGGUUUUCCCACACCGAAAAUUAUUUGGCGUCGUGAAGAUGGCGAGGAAAUUGCCGUGGAGAAGAAGAAGAAAGUUCUGGUCUAUGACGGUGAGGUCUUGCCAUUGACAAAAGUUAGCCGAAAUGAGAUGGGCGCUUACCUAUGCAUUGCCACCAAUGGUGUCCCGCCAUCAGUGUCAAAGCGAAUUAUAUUGGAUGUUGAAUUUUCGCCUAUGAUUUGGGUACCAAACCAACUUGUUGGCGCACCAGCUGGUACAGAUGUCACAAUUGAUUGCCAUACGGAGGCACAUCCAAAAGCAAUUAUUUAUUGGGUAUACAAUUCAGUUAUGGUGUUGCCGAGUAAAAAAUAUAAAACGGACUAUACAGAAAAUUCCUAUCGUGCUCACAUGAAAUUGACAAUAAGAAAUUUACAAUAUGGCGACUUUGGCAACUAUCGAUGCAUAUCUAAGAAUUCACUGGGCGAAACGGAGGGUUCCAUACGUGUUUAUGAAAUUCCACUGCCUUCAACGCCCUCAAAACAAGUCACACAUACAACUAUCGAAACGAGGGAAAAUAACAUCAUACCCACACGAAAUGACUCAAUUAAUACACUGCAAAAGGAUAUCUCGCUAAUGAAAGCUGAUCUACUGGGUAGUGGCUCAUCCUCGGCCUCGUCCUCGCACUCAGCUACCGCAUCUAUAUCGGGCAUAAACGGCAAUGGCAUGUCGGCGUUGGGUGGCGCAGGCAUAAAUGCUGUCGAUCGCAAAGGUACGCUGGCCAUUGGUAAGAGUAUGUAUUAUACAGAACAACCACCGAAGGAGUUGGAUGGCUCGGCUGCUGGUACCCUACACAAAUCACCGAAUAUUUUCUAUUUAUGUCGGUUUGCGUUAAUAUUUUUAUUGUUAAGAAAUCAAUCAUAAAACAUAUAAAUUAUUAAGUGGGUAUAAAGUAAUGCACUUAGUUAUAUAUAAAGAAUGCAAAAUAUAGAACUGUAAAAUAAAAUAUUACUAUAAGGAGUGAAUUAAUUGCAAGCCUGUUAAUGUGUUGAAAAUAAUAUUAAAUAAUAUUUUAUAAAAAAAGCUCAAUACGCACUAGUCAGGAUGACACUACUUUAAAAUUAUUUUAAAAACUGCAAAUUAAUACUUUUUGCUUCUUACCUUCAUUCCUAAAUGGUAUUAAGCUGCAUUAUUAGGAAAAAAUUUUGAGUAAUUUAUCAAUUUAUAAUUUGAAUUAA